CAGCUUCGCGGCUUGCCCUCGGGGGUCCGGCAGCGGAACGAGUUGAGCGGCGGCGGCACGCAGUGCUGCGAGUUCCUGUUCCGUCUCUCCUUGACGGGUGGCGAGGUGCUCAACUAUUUGUUGCUGGCGGAUGCUAACCUCGGCCUGCAGCUGAGUUUCCGGACACACGUCGAGGAGGGACUAUUGCUGUUUGCGGUUUCCCCUGGGGAACAGGAAGAGUAUGUCGCUCUGCAAAUACGCAACGGCCGUCCAUACUUCCUCUUUGACCCUCAGGCCUCAGCUGUGGCCCUCAGCCCUCGCAACGAUGGAGGUAGACGCUAUAAUGACAACCAGUGGCACCAUCUGAUCGCUACCAGGAAACAGGCCGUGGGAACAAUCAUUGUUGACAAUCAAUACAGCGGAUCAGCAUCAGCCACAAGUGGGAACACCAUCAUCGGUCAGAACACGGGUGUCUUCAUAGGAGGGAUUCCAGAGAAUUUCACCAUUCUUAGACAAGACACUGGUCAAGCCAAGCUGGUGCAGCAGGGGUUUGCUGGGUGUUUGAGAGAUGUGAUGGUGCAGAAAUCCAGUGGCACUACUUAUGCAUGGGAGCCUCUGGACUGGGACUCAGCACUUGAAAAACAUGAGACCUAUGAAAGCUGGGAGGGCUGUCCUGCUGUCUCUGAAGAUGGGGCAUACUUCCUAGGACAUGGGUUUCUGAAGGUCAAGCCUGAAAUAUUCGCUGGAGGAGAUUAUUUUGAAAUAUCAUUUGAAUUCAAAACUGAUCAGCUAAAUGCAAUGCUGUUGUUCGCUUAUGAUAUAGAUGGGAAAGAUUUCAUUUUGGCGGAGCUGCAGGGUGGAGUUCUCUUCUGGGUGUUACGUUGGAGUGAACAGACAGCAGAGUUGAGCGUAUGGGUGGGCCUGUCCUACUGUGAUGGGGGCUGGAACACUUUAAAUGUGCUGAAGAGAGGCCCGUUAGCGAGUGCUGGCCUCAAUGGCGUAUAUGAACAGGACAGGAAGGGCAUAGGUGGCCCUCUGACCAUCAGCUCUCCACUCUAUCUAGGGGGAGUCCCACGUGGAGUGAAGCACCCAGCCCUGAACAAACACAGCCUUCUGCACGGUUUUGGCGGCUGCAUCAGGGAUGUUAGAUUCGCGCGUGGGCCUGUCAUAAGCUUGGCGGCCGUGUCCAGCAGUGCUGUCAGAGUCAAUCUGGAUGGAUGCCUGUCAGUUGACACAAGCGUUAACUGCAGGGGAAACGACUCCAUUCUGGUGUACACGGGCAGAGACAGGAGCGCAGAGGACCUGACACUGCAGCCCUUCACGGAGUAUUUGUACAGAGUGAUGGCAUCAGGAGAAGGAGGUUGGACAGCCGGGCCAUGGCAGCGGGGGCGCAGCGGAGAGACAGUUCCACAAAGUGUGCUGCCUCCCUCCAGAGUUGGGAGUGUAAAUGGUUCCAGCGUGGAGGUGAGCUGGGAGGAGCUGGUGGAGGUCAGAGGUGUAAUUGAGAAGUACGUACUGAAAGCGUACAGCCAGGACCAUCCCUCCUCACCCCCCAUCAGCUCCACCUUCCCCCACUCUCAGCACCUGACUGGCACUUUAAGUGGCUUGGCUCCUUUUAGCAGCUACAGUAUUACCCUAACGGCGUGCACUCAGGCCGGGUGCAGCGAGAGCCCGUUCGCCAUCGGCUUCAGCACUCCACAAGAGGCUCCGGAGGAGGUUCCUUUACCUGCUGCAAUCUCUUACCCCAACUCUCUGUCUGUCCACUGGGACCCUCCACUCAAACCCAAUGGCAUCAUCACCCAAUAUAUCCUCUACAAAGACAAUACUUUUGUGUACCAAGGCAACUUGACCAGCUUCAAUAUCACAGUAAACUGCAUUCAGGCGCUUCAAGGAGAGAUCCUCCUUCCUGUCAAGAGGAGCCUUUGGUGGGCUGCUCCAAUGGAGGUGAACGGCCUGCUGGAGUUCUAUACGCUGCACCAGUCUGCCUUAGGAGAAGAGCCGGUCGUCGUCUAUAACAGCUCUGAGCUUUUUGAGGAUUAUACAGUGCGGAACCUCGUCCCUGGAUCAAGCUACCUGUUUCAGAUAGCAGCUUGCACAGGAGGUGGAUGCACCCUCAGUGACCCCAGCGUCGCCCACACUGAAGAGAGUUCACCAGAAGAAGUGCCUGCUCCCAACAUCCUGUCACUCUCCCCAUAUUCCCUCAAUGUGUCCUGGACCCCCCCUCGCAAGCCCAACGGUGUGAUUAGCAGCUAUGGUCUUUGGAUGGAUGGCACGCUGGUGCAGAAUUCGUCUCUUAUGGGGUUCAAGGUCGGUGAUCUGUCCCCAUGGAGCCUCCACAGCUUCCGUGUGCAGGCCUGCACGGCUCAGGGCUGCGCUCUGGGGCCCCUGGUGGAAGGCAGGACUUUAGAGAUGCCUCCCGCUGGUCACAUGACCCUGGAUGUCCUCAGUGAGACUCCACAUUCAGUGCGAGCCAAGUGGGAGGCCCCAGCUAAACCCAACGGAAACCUGACCUACACAGUCCUCUUCACUGGGCCAGGUCAGAACUUCAGCAGUUUUGAAACGCCGGACACAGAGACGAGAGAACUGCUCAGCACUGGUAAAGAGGGCCAGUGGGUGUCUAUAGGAGGACUGCUGCCAUAUUCUAAUUACACUGUACUGGUGAAGGCCUGUAACAGUAAGGGCUGUGUGGAGAGCUCUCCCACCAGCGUCUCUCUCCCACCAGGAGCUCCAGAUGGCCUCAUGCCCCCCAGACUGGCAGCUGACACCCCUACCUCGCUGCAGGUGGCCUGGGCUGCUCCAGCCCGUCACAACGCUCCAGGACAUCUGCGCUACCGGCUCCAGAUGAGGACUUCAGCUUCCCCACAAGUUCACCAGUUAAUGGACUAUGAGACGACUGUAUUUAGUCACAUGGUUAAGGACCUUGAACCCUUUACCGAGUAUCACUUCAGACUGCUGGUGUCCAACAACCAUGGAGAAACCAGCAGCCCAUGGGUCUCUUUUUUUACUGCACAAGACAGGCCUGGAUCUGUUGACCCUCCUGUACUCUCUGACAUCCAACCCAGAAGUGCUUCUGUCUCCUGGUCUCCUCCAUCCCAGCCCAACGGCAUCAUCACCCAUUAUAACAUCUACCAAAACCACCAGUUAAGUGUCUGUGUGCCAGGAAACAGCACCAGCCACACUCUUUCUCAACUUGCACCCUAUCAGCAGUAUACCAUAGAGGUGGAGGCCUGCACAGCAGCCGGCUGCACUCUUUCCUCUCAGUCCCACACCAUACGCACCCCUCCAGCCCCCCCAGAGGACGUCCCAGCCCCGCAGCUUUACUCGGACACCCCCACAUCAGUGCUCUUGUCCUGGGCCCCACCACAUCAUGCCAACGGUGAACUGGACGGCUACACCAUUGAGAGGAGAGUCACUGCCACACAACAGAUUUCUACUGUGGCCACACUGCAGCCCAACCAGACACUCACUUACCUAGACAGCUCUGCUACACUCAGCCCCUGGACCAAUUAUGAGUACCGCAUUGUGGCGCACACAAGGCUGGGUGGAUCCAAUAGCAGUGAGUGGGAGAAAGUGACCACUAGACCAUCAAGACCUGCAGGACUGCAGUCGCCUCAUGUGCUGGUUUUGGGACCAGAGUCAGUACAGGUUACAUGGUCCGCUCCACUCAUACCCAGUGGAGAAGUUGAGCGGUACGAGAUCCGCAUGCCUGAUCCACGCAUCUCACACACCAAUACGUCCAUGCUCAACCGUACUGUUACCAACCUGCUGCCCUACACCAACUACAGCAUCACCGUCCUCGCCUGCUCAGGAGGUGGAGGCCAUGUCGGAGGCUGCACUGAGAGCUCUCCAACGCUGGUUACUACAUUACCCACAAUCCCAGAAGGUCUGCCAUCCCUGUCAGUAGUAGCCAUCAGUGAAUCUUUCCUGGGUGUUUCAUGGCAACUCCCAAGAAGGCCGAAUGGGCCCAACAUAAGAUUUGAGCUGUUGAGACGGAAAACCCAGCAGCCCCUGGCCUCCCGUCCCCCCGAAGAUUUGAAUCUGUGGUACAAUGUUUACGCAGGAACCAAAUUGUUUCAUGAAGAUAAAGGCCUUAGCAGGUACACAUGGUACGAAUACAAACUUCUGGUUCACAAUGAUGUUGGCUACGCUUCAGGGGAGGUUGCCACAGGGGUCACACUGGCUGGGCAACCCCUCACCCCCACCAGCAUAUCUGUCCAAGUUCUCAAUCAUACAGCGAUCCUGGUCAACUGGUCCACCCCCACUCUGCAAGAUUUGCAGGGAAGUGUGGAGGACUACAUCCUUAUUGUUCUGUCCACCCAGCACAGGCAGACUCUUGCACUUGACCCCGCUGCGACCUGUGUGGUCAUCUCUGACCUGCAGCCCAGCACAGAGUACAAGCUCUCCUUGACUGUAUCCAACGGUGCUCACAACAUUACCAGUCCUGAGGUCAGCUGCACUACUACAGAUGGAGAACCUGAAGGAAUCUUUCCUCCAGAGGUGGUGGUCCUAAAUAGCACAGCAGUGAGGGUGCUAUGGACAGCUCCUCUUGUUCCAAAUGGUGUAGUCACAAAGUACUCCAUCUAUCUUGAUGGCCAUCUCUAUGAGUCUACUAGCAAUGGAACUGGAUCACUGGAAGUGGGAGGACUUUUGCCGUUCACUGUCCACAGUAUUCAGGUGGAGGUGUGUACCGUGUAUGCGUGUGUGGAGAGUAACAGCACUCAGGUGACCACGGUGGAGGACACACCGACUGAAAUCGCCAAACCUCAGAUUCAGGUGCUUAGCUCAAGAUCAGUUAAACUAGAAUGGACAUCACCUGGUAAGCCCAAUGGCAUUCUGGGAGGAUAUGACGUGUGGCGGAGGACCCUGCAGCGGUGCGAGGAGCUGCAGACCCAGCAGGCGUUUGCUCCUCAGGCUCACUGCUCGUACCUGGAGUGCCUUGCAGAACAAGACUUCUGCGGCAAGACCUGUUAUAAGCCUGAGACACAGGUAUGCUGUGCAGGGACUGUUCACAGCCUAAAUCAGUCUAAUCAGUGUUGUGAAGAGCGUUAUGUUCCAGCUUUAGAGGAUUCUGGGAGUGUGUGUUGUGGAGGUCGGUUUUUCCAGCCUAUGCCUCAACACCAGUGCUGUGGAGGAUAUUACAUACUAGUUCCACCAGGAGAGGUCUGUUGUCCGGACUCUGUGGAACGGCAUGUAUCUGUUGGUCUCGGGGACUCGUGCUGUGGUGGGAGUCCUUUCAUGUCUGGAGCCAGACAGAUCUGCUGUGGGGGGCGUCUUUAUGAUGGCUUCAGCUCCCAGUGCUGUGGAGGACAGCUAGUCCCAAGAGAGAUGGUGUGCUGUGGGGAUGCUCACCAGGGGUCGCCCCAUAAACAUGUAUCAGGCUUCAUCUGCUGUGGAGAGCACUACAUCAACACAUCCACUUCCUGGUGCUGCACGGGUCCCGGCGGAGAGUCUAAAGUCCAUGUGGUGGAGAACAGGAUGGCGUCGCUGAAGUGCUGCUGGUCAGAGGUGAUUGAUCAGGAGGAAGAGUGUUGUAAUGGAGUGGGCUUCAAUCCGCUCACAUCUGUGUGUGCUGACAGAGCCCCGGCCAGCAUCCUCAUCCUGGAGAAAUGCCGCCCCAGUACGGUGUGUCCUGUGUCGGUGGCCGCAGGAGCCUGGUAUGCCAUUUCAGACACUGAACUGGACCCUUACACCAGUUAUGAGUAUAGGAUUGGUGCCUGGAACAGCUUUGGCCGUGGGUCCAGUCCCUCCUCUCAUGUCACUACUAAAGAAGAUGCGCCCUGGGUUGUGUCUCCUCCUCAAUGGAGCCAUGUGGGUCUGCGUGAUGACAUCAUCCAGCUUGAAUGGUCAGCCCCUAACAAGCCAAAUGGUGAGAUAAGUUACUAUGUGAUCCUGCGUGAUGGACAGGAGCGCUACCGUGGCACUGAUCAUAGCUUCACUGAUGCGGGAGGAAUCCGACCUUUUCAGGAGUAUGUGUACCAGCUCAGAGCCUGUACUGCUGCCGGCUGCACAGACAGCUCAAAAGUCGUGGCAGUGACUGUCCAGGGGGAGCCAGAGGGAAUUGCUGCUCCGGUGGUGAGCGUGCUGGGGCCCAGGGCCCUAAGGAUCAGCUGGGUAGUUCCGGCCAAACCGAACGGUAUCAUCCGAGAGUACCGCAUCAAUCAGAGCACCGUUGGAGUCAUCCACACACAUACAGAAGGGGAGAUGGCUUAUAAUGUCACAGGUCUGGAGCCUCACACCAACUACAGCUUCAUUGUUGUUGCAUGCACUGCAGCUGGUUGCGGAGCAAGUCAGCCAUCUAUGGGCCGCACGCUGGAAGAUGCACCAGCAGAUGUGUGGACAGUGCCCAGGCAUAUACAGGUGAACUCCUCAGCAGUGGAGCUUCACUGGAGCCAACCUCUCAAACCCAAUGGCCUGCUCUCUCAGUAUCGGCUGCUGCGUGACAGAGUGGUCAUCUUCACCGGUGACGGAGGAAAGAUGAGCUACAUAGACACUGGCCUUCAGCCCAACACCAGAUAUGUGUACGAGUUGGAGGCCAACACCAGCGGCGGGAGCAGUCUCAGUGAUAGAUACGUCAUUCAGACCCCCGUCUCCUCCCCGGAAAGGAUUCCUCCUCCGUAUAAUGUCAGCCUCCGUGGCCCUCGCUCCAUCUUUGUUGCCUGGUCACCCCCAGGUGUGUAUAAUUCAAGUGCCCCUUUGGAAUAUAACGUCCUGCUCAAUGCAGGCACUGAGCGGCCCCUCAUCCGCCCUGCUGGACCAGAGCACUUCCUGUUACUGCAAGGACUGGACCCCUACACCGUCUACCACAUUCAAGUACAGGCCUGUCAGCCAGAUGGUUGUGGUGUAGGACAGUGGGUGUCUGUUCGGACCCCUGAGGCUGCUCCGUUAGCUCAGGACCCUCCAGUUCUCACAGCUGCAGGUGCGGCCGUUAUCGAGGUCCGCUGGAGUCCGCCAAACAAACCCAACGGCCUCAUCACUAGCUACUUCAUAUACAGACGACCAACUGGAACUCAAGAGGAGCUGCUGGUGUUCAUCUGGACCGAAGGUCCCCUAGAGUUCACCGAUGCCUCAGAUUCCCUUCUACCGUUCAGUGAAUAUGAAUACAGAGUCACCGCCGACAACUCUAAAGGCUCUGCCUUCAGCUCCUGGACCUCCGUCCGAACUCUAGAGGCAGAACCGCAGGGAAUGGACGCGCCCUCGGCCCGCCCUGCCAGUGCCUACUCUCUUCUGCUGAGCUGGACCCAGCCUAGCAUGCCAAACGGAGGGAUCUCCAAGUACAGAGUGGUGUACCAGAAACUACUCAACGAUCCUACGUUCAACUCCACAACUGUUACUGCUCUUACAGUUCUGGGUAACAUUUUUCAGGCUCAUGUCUUUGGGUUGGAGCCAUACACCACAUAUAAUGUGCGUGUAGAAGCAGUUAAUGGAGCAGGUCAGGUGCCUAGUCCUUGGACCACCGUUCAGACCCUUGAAGCCUCUCCAAGUGGCCUGGCUAACUUCAGCGUGGAGAAGAGAGAACAUGGCCGAGCGCUGCUUCUACAGUGGGCUGAACCAGCCUCUCCAAAUGGAGUCAUCAAAAUGUACAAUAUCUUCAAUGAGGAAAACUUGGAGUUCAGCGGGCUUGCACGUCAAUUCCUGUUCCGCCGUCUGGAACCCUACACUGUGUACACGCUCGUUCUCGAAGCUUGCACCGAAGCGGGCUGUACAAGGACUGCACCUCAACGUGUAACCACCGAGGAGGCCGCCCCGUCCUCUCAACCGGCUCCUACGGUACAGCAGGUCCAAUCCCGCAGCGUGGAGCUCCACUGGUAUACACCCACCCACCCCAACGGCAGGAUCCUGCAGUACCAGGUUCUGGCUGUAAGUCUAGAGGAUGGCAGGGUACGGAGUGAUGAAGAUGACGCGAUGAGAGCCAAGAUUGUGUUCAUCCAGAACGACACCCAAGCUAACAGCUUCUCCUAUAAUAUGUCUGGACUUUUGCCCUGGAGCAGGUACAAGUUUCGAGUGCGUGUAUCAAACGCGGCAGGAUAUACCAAUAGCCCGUGGCUCACAGUUCAAACCAAACAAGCUCCUCCUAGAGGAUUGGCUCCUCCAGCUGUCAGUCAUGUAGAGGGCAAGCCUAAUGAAGUCUUCGUAGCUUGGACGCCUCCUUUGGAGCCCAAUGGUGUUCUUCUGACUUACAGGAUUCAGAGUGACAACGUUGGCUUCCAUUUCAGCUUCGACUCAAGUGUGUUCAACUACACUGAUGUGGAUUUAACUGCAUACACUCUCUAUAGUUACGCAGUCAUUGCCUGCACCGUGGCUGGGUGUGUUACCAGUGAGCCGACGCAGAUCAGGACAUUAGAAGCCGCCCCUGCCAACGUAAAGCCGCCUACGGUGUCUGAUGUCACUUCCUAUUCACUCAAUGUGUCAUGGUCUGUUCCAUCCAUCCAGAAUGGUGAGACUGUGGUGUAUAUUCUCAAAAUUGAAGAUGAGGAGGUCUACCUUUUCAGCGGGCUUGCACGUCAAUUCCUGUUCCGCCGUCUGGAACCCUACACUGUGUACACGCUCGUUCUCGAAGCUUGCACCGAAGCGGGCUGUACAAGGACUGCACCUCAACGUGUAACCACCGAGGAGGCCGCCCCGUCCUCUCAACCGGCUCCUACGGUACAGCAGGUCCAAUCCCGCAGCGUGGAGCUCCACUGGUAUACACCCACCCACCCCAACGGCAGGAUCCUGCAGUACCAGGUUCUGGCUGUAAGUCUAGAGGAUGGCAGGGUACGGAGUGAUGAAGAUGACUCAAUGAGAGCCAAGAUUGUGUUCAUCCAGAACGACACCCAAGCUAACAGCUUCUCCUAUAAUAUGUCUGGACUUUUGCCCUGGAGCAGGUACAAGUUUCGAGUGCGUGUAUCAAACGCGGCAGGAUAUACCAAUAGCCCGUGGCUCACAGUUCAAACCAAACAAGCUCCUCCUAGAGGAUUGGCUCCUCCAGCUGUCAGUCAUGUAGAGGGCAAGCCUAAUGAAGUCUUCGUAGCUUGGACGCCUCCUUUGGAGCCCAAUGGUGUUCUUCUGACUUACAGGAUUCAGAGUGACAACGUUGGCUUCCAUUUCAGCUUCGACUCAAGUGUGUUCAACUACACUGAUGUGGAUUUAACUGCAUACACUCUCUAUAGUUACGCAGUCAUUGCCUGCACCGUGGCUGGGUGUGUUACCAGUGAGCCGACGCAGAUCAGGACAUUAGAAGCCGCCCCUGCCAACGUAAAGCCGCCUACGGUGUCUGAUGUCACUUCCUAUUCACUCAAUGUGUCAUGGUCUGUUCCAUCCAUCCAGAAUGGUGAGACUGUGGUGUAUAUUCUCAAAAUUGAAGAUGAGGAGGUCUACCGAGGGAAAUACACGACCUUCCCUUUAUUCUCCUGCUCUCCUCUCUUCUCUCCCUUUUCUCCUUCAGUCCAUCGCUGGUAUGAGGUAAGAGUGGAGGCCUGCACCCUGUUAGGCUGCGCUGCUAGUGACUGGUCUUCAAUACAGACGCUUGAGUCGCCUCCUGCUGGACAACCUGCCCCGCUGCUGGAGCUGCAAACUAACCCUAAGGGCAUACAGACAGUCUUUCUGUUGUCCUGGUCUCCUCCAGCUGAGCCGAAUGGGAAACUUUUGCACUACGAGCUAUACCGAAAACAUGCUUUAGACAAGGAAAGCCGAUCUGUAACUACACUGGUCUACCGCAACUCCUCAACCUCCUGCCAUGAUGACAAACUCCUGCCCUACACAUCCUACGAAUACCAGGUGUGGGCUGUAAACUCAGCAGGUCGUGCUGGUAGCCCCUGGGCUCAAGGUCGCACAGGUCCAGCUCCUCCAGCGGGGUUGAGCCCGCCUAAAUUCUUGCACAUCCACGCCACCUCAGCUGUGGUGGAUAUCAGCCCACCCACCAAGCCAAAUGGCAUUGUCAGCCUCUACAGAGUCUUUGCACAAAACAAAGACUCAUACCAGCUGCUGUCUGAGGGGAUGUCCCACCAGCAAACUCUCCACGGUCUUAGGCCCUUCACUGUGUAUUCUGUAGGUGUGGAGGCCUGCACCUGUUUCCUGUGCUGCAGCCGAGGUCCCUUAAAUGAGCUCCGCACCCAGGCCUCUGCCCCUGCCCAGCAGCCCCUGCCACAUCUAAUCGCCCUUACCUCCCGCUCAGCUCUGGUGGAGUGGGACAUGCCUCUUCAGCCCAAUGGCAUCAUUGAAAGCUGUGAGCUCCACGUGCGAUCAUCCUGUCCUCAGCCGCUGCAGCCUGUCCCUGUAACCUGUGUCGUCGGCCCUGUGGAGAUCAAGUUCUUUGGAAUGGGGCAGAGCUUCAACAUCACUGGCCUACUGCCCUAUGCCAACUAUGAGCUGUGUGUAGUAUCUUACAAUAACAUGGGCAGCACUGCGUCUGACUGGGUCUCCAUCACCACACUCAAAGAAUCUCCUCAAUAUAAAGAGCCAUUUGUGGUGCACAGUAACAUCACCACAGUGUUUGUGGACUGGAGCGGCUCUUUCUCUUUGAACGGGCCUCUGAGAGAAUACAGCCUAACCGAGAACAACCUGCGCAUCUACAGCGGCUUCCACAGCUCUCUGCACAUCCCACGCACCUCUGAUAAAACCUUUGCAUUUCAAGUUACCUGCACCACUGACAGCGGCAGUGCCAGCUCUCCUGUCAUUAAAUACAACACGGCCACUGGUAUAGAUGCCGUGGAGUCGAGUUCUGGAGGUAAAACAGGUUUGAAUGGGGCUGAAUACCAGUUCUAUACAGAGUUGUGGUUCAUCAUUCUUAUGGCAUUCCUGGGGCUGCUGCUGCUGGCUCUGUUAAUGGGUCUGGUGCUGAGAAGAGCCCUAAGCAAGCCCCCCUUCAUCAGGGAGAGACCUACAAUAGUGCCCCUUCAGAGGAGAAGUACCAAGUAUCCGCCUAAUGACACCUAUCUGAGACCUUCCUCUGAACUCUGCUCUAACCAUGCUUCUACUGCUCUGCUUCAGCCUGAUGCACCCAUGGGUUUGACUGACACUAAGAUCGGCACCAGCAACCAUAGCUAUCAGGCUAGCAUGUCUGUACUGCGUGUUCCCAGCCAGAGCCAGCUCAGCCAUGCCUAUUCCCAGAAUUCCUUGCAUCGGAGUGUUAGUCAGCUGAUCGACACGCAGGAUAAGAAAUCUCUGGGCGGUGGAGCAUGGGACGCUGACCUGCACGGCACUGACAGCGGCAUGUAUGUGGGGGAUGAGGAGUUUGGGGAGACGAUUAAAAGCUACAGCUCAGUGAAGAAGGAGCAAACCAUGUUUACAGACACUCACUUGUAAAGCGAUCAUAAACACACACAACUGUGGAAAACAUUCUUGGUAAUAUAGUUUUUCUCCAACCUAUUAUGUAGCUGAGUGAAUAUCAAAUUUACAACAAUAAAAUAAGACGGUGAUAGUUAUAAAUGAAUACCGUAUAUAUAUAGAAAUAUAAAAUAAUUGGUUUGGAGAUCAUCUUCAUUUGGUUUGUUUGACCAUGACAAAAUAUUGCAGUGAAAUUAGCUGUAUUUCAUAAUGCUGAAUUUCUUUUUUUUAUUAUUAGUCAGAGAUGUCAUUAGCAUAUUUAUAUGUUGCAGCUAAGUGUUGACUACCUCUGACAUCACCUUAUUGCUUCCGUUUUAAUCCUAGAAUUACUUAUUUAUUUACAUUACAUUCUGCUCAUACUUUUCUUUUAUUUAGUUUAAAAGAAAAGUCUGGUUGAAUAUCAUAUUUUCAAGGUAUCACCCAUUGUCUCUGCUUGCCUAUAUUCAUACUCACAAGCCUUGACCCAGAAGUGUCAUUCAGACAUGCACCCCUCAAUUUUUGAGCCAGGUGGAUUUUGAAUAUAAACUUCUAUUCUAUUUAAACAAAUAUAUAAUUAUCUUGCAGUAUUGCUUUAGUCCAUCGUCA